UUCGUAAAUAUUUUGAGCGUAAUAUAUGAUUCUAGAAGUAACACCUAUUAAAUGACAAAAUUGUGGCUCAAUAUUUUGUAUUAUUGUGCGACAUUCAUACACGUUAACUUAUUCAUAACAAGAUUACCAUGCAUAUUAUAUGAAAGUUUUAAUCUGACACCAAAUAAAUAUUAUUAUGGCCUCAUUAAUUCGACACUAAAAGCAAGCAGUAGCAAUGAUUGUGGCACUUAUUGCGUCAGAAAUCCAUUUUGCAUAUUCGCUAACUACAAUGAUAACCAAAAAAUAUGCCAGCUUAUAUCAACAAACGUUGAUUUGUUAAACAUCAGAGAUGAUUCACUAUGGGAAGUUUUAGCAACUGAUUCUUCGAGUAAUAAAAAUAAAGGACCACUUUGUGAAACAAAUACUCCGUGUGGCGAACGAUACUGCAGAGAUGUUUGUAGCAUAACAAAUUUGGAUUUGCAACACACGUAUAAUUGUAUUGAUACAACUGAUGUAUCAAGAAUUGCUACACCUUCAUUAUCGUCGCUAUACUUAAAAAGUGAUGAGUGGUCUGCAAGUAAGGUAAUUGAUGGUAAUCCGUCAACUUUUGCGGCAACUGAUUUUAAAGUUUCUCCGCAAUGGAUAAAAUUGGAUUUAAAAUUUGUUUAUCAAAUAACUCAAAUUGAUAUUUUAAACAGAGGUGGUAGUUGCUGUAUAGAACGACUAAAAGGGGCAAAACUCAAUGUGAAAUUAACCGAUACUACAGUCGAUAAUUAUGAAAUAUCAACGUUGACAGCUAAUUUAAAGCAAACGUUUGUAGGUUCAUUUGUUGCCAGAUUUGUUGUUGUAACAAAAAGUAUUGACUUAUUAUUACAUCUGGCAGAAAUUAACGUUUUUGUGUAACAAUUAAAAUAUUAGAAUAACUUUAUAUUAU